AACCACAGUUCCUGACAGUUUAUCGGUAGCGUCGGAAAAUGACACCUUACAAUAUUUAACUUUUGUAUCACUUUCUCUUCUCGAGUUAAACGCGGAGAUUAACAACUUUAGUUUGUAUAAAUCCGAUUUUGCCAUAAAUAUGGCAUCAGAAUCAAGUAUAGACUAUGAAGCGAUUCCAAUAACGGCUUUAAACUGCAGUUUCCGAAAGAAACUGGGGCUGUAUUUGAACCCAACAAACACAGUGGCAGCAGACUGGAGGACAGUCGCCGAAUUGAUGGACUUCACCUACCUGGAGAUCAAAAACUUCGAGAAAAGAGAGUAUCCCUUUGAAAAGGUCUUAACGGAGUGGGAAACUCGUCCAGAGGCAACAGUAGCAAAUUUACUGUCGAUUUUAGAAAAAGCUGAAAGGAAAGAUGUUAUAUCUGACCUCAAAGAAAUGAUAGAUGAUGACUGCAGGAAGUAUUUGGAAAGACAACAGAGGAAGCCUGUCCAGGUUCCAGUGGUGGACAGCUGUGGGCCGCGCACACAGGAGCGAGAAGGCAUCACGCUGUAUGAUGAUCCACAAGGACUGACACCGGAGACCUUUGAUGCUUUCAUCUGCUAUUGUCAGAAUGACUUUCAGUUUGUGCAUGAGAUGAUCAAACAGUUGGAACAGACUAAAUACAACCUGAAGCUGUGUGUCUUUGACCGAGAUGUCCUUCCUGGCACGUGCGUGUGGACCAUCGCCAGUGAGCUCAUAGAGAAAAGGUGCAAGAGGAUGGUGGUGGUCAUUUCUGAUGACUAUCUGGACAGUGAUGCAUGUGACUUUCAGACCAAGUUUGCACUCAGCCUUUGCCCAGGAGCUCGCUCUAAACGUCUAAUCCCUGUUGUCUACAAAUCCAUGAAGGAGCCUUUUCCCAGCAUUCUCCGUUUUCUGACCAUCUGUGAUUACACCAGGCCCUGCACACAGGUCUGGUUCUGGACCCGGCUGGCCAAGGCGCUCUCGCUGCCCUGAUCUUUUCUAUAGACACUGUUAAAGGGGUCAUAUGAUACUGCUAAAAAGAACAUUAUUUUGUGUAUUUGGUGUAAU